UAGGGUAGCGACGACGACAACAAUAGAACGUCGUGGCUUUGAAGUCUGCGUUAAAUCCUUCAUUUCGGCAUUUUUACUUAUUCGCAUAUCGUGUGAAGAAACGAAAAUGUAUUAUUUGCGUCAGACCUGUCUCAGUGAACUUUAAAGCUUCUCAGGCUUAGCUUAUCUUGCUAGUUAGCUUAGCCUGCGCGCUACUAAGAAAGAGACGCGGAAGUUAUCAACAACAAGAUCAAGUGUUAGUGUAUAAAUGUGUAUAAAUGUGUAAAUUACAUAUGCUGAGAGUGUCGGUAAAUUAGCCAUUAAUCGUGGCUGUUGAAGAGAUACGACAUGGAACUUUCUCCAACAGAAGAGAAGGAGUGACAAUAUCAACUACUGGACGCUGUUUUCAAGAAGAUCAAGUUGUGUUACACAGAUCAGAUGAAGAAUGACUCAUAAUCCUCACAAAGAAAAGUGGGGUGGAACCAAGCGUCUUUUCGUGUCGUUCUUGCCAUUUCCGGGUCUAAAUUGGCUGCCAAAGUGUACCAACUUGUCGGAAUACGUCUCCAUCCUUCUACUUUCCAGAACAUAUUCUCCCCGAGCGGCCGGAGUGGACCUCCAUGAUGGAGCAGAAAGAGCCACGGCCGCCCUACUUUAAAGAGAAAGAGGAGGAGCCACAGCCUGACUAUAUUAAAGAGGAAGAGGAUGAGCCACAGUCCACCCACAUCAAAGAGGAAGUGUCACAUUCGCCCCACUUUAAAGAGGAAGAGCCACAUCCUCCACAUAUUAAAGAAGAAGAGAAGUCGCAGCCCACUCACUUUAAAGAGGAAGAGGUGGAACGCCGCAUCAGUCGGGAGGGAGAGUAUCUUGAAGGACGGGAGGAGUUCCCUUUGACUGUCAUCGUGAAGAGUGAAGAUGAUGAGGUCAAAAGUGAAAGUGAGGAGAAGAGAGAGGCGGAGCCUCCAAGCAGCAGCUCAACUCAUCACAUGACAACAGAAGCUGACGGAGACCACUGUGGAGGAUCACAAGCAGACAAGCUCUUAGCUCCACUGUCAGAUAGUGACGACACAACGUCACACUCUCCUGACACUGAUGAUGAAGACUCUACAGCUGAUACGACAUGUCACACUGACAACACACACUUUCAAUGCUCUCACUGUGACAAAACCUUUAAUUACCAUUGUCAUUUGAAAAGACACACGAGAACACACACUGGGGAAAAACCUUUCAUGUGCUCAUUUUGCAGUAAAAGCUUCUCCCUGAAACAACAUUUGACAAUACACUUGAGAAUGCACACAGGUGAGAAACCCUUUUCCUGUUCUAUAUGCAGAAAAGGUUUUGUGCAAAAAGAUAAGAUCGAAAGACACAUGAGAUUGCACACCGGAGAAAAACCUUUUAUGUGUUCAUUCUGCGAUAAAAGCUUCGUACAAAGUCAACAUUUGAAAGUGCACAUAAGAACGCACACUGGUGAAAAACCUUUCGCCUGUUCAAAGUGCGACAGGAGCUUUUGUGACCAGUCCACACUUGUGAGACACAUGAGAACACACACAGGUGAGAAAGUGUUCAGUUGCAGCGUGUGUGAUGAGAGAUUCUCUUAUCAGUACCAGUGUAAGAAACACAAGUGUGCUGGUGAGAACUGCAGCAGCAAAUGAAGCCGCAGCAUUUUAGGAUAUGAGAGGGUGGACUUUAAUUAUCCCACCAUAGGGAAAUUAUGUGGUUGCAGUGCAGAGACAAAAAAACAUAAAAACUUGAGAGACACAGCAAAGAACACAAAGGACAUACAAAUAAACCAAAAGAGCACAGAGCUUAUGUAACGAGCCGCCAUCUCAGCAGCGCCAUUUUAUACAGAACGACGAACGAAAAAACAGAAAAAUGAACAAUAAAUAAUACAUAUUGCAUACAUAAAAUUUCACCAUGCAUGGACUGACAAAAAAAAAACUAACUAUUUUAACCCCCCUGUGGAAGUCGCUUCCUAGCGGUCCCACUGACAGACACUUCACAGGAGCCAGGCGAGCAAAGUUGAACAAAGUUUUUAAUGUGCAUAGAUUUUUUCUCCAAGUCUUUGUCCCGCAGAACGUGACUUUUCAGGCAUGUUCGUAUCCUCUCUCCCCUCCUGCUCCCGGCAGCUUACUGUUAAAGACAACAGAUGAUUAGAUUAAUAUGUACCACCUGUGAAAUCUAAUCACCUGCCAGCUGUGUCUCGCCGUCAGCACUGCCACGCC